GGCGGCCAACCUAUGGGUGCUGUGAAGCGGCACUGGCGUCUGAAGUAUCUUGCCAUCCUGCCAGAGCCACGGUCGGGUCGGCCAUGCUUCUUUCCCAAAUCGAGUUUUGCAGAGGCUCCGUCAAGCGCAGUCCGUCCUCUAGGAGUCUAUAUCAUGUGUGGAUUUCGCGGCCUCAAUUCAUUCCAUGCAUGCUCGAUAUAGGCCGCGCGACCCAGUACCGAGCCUGGCAUGCAGGUCGUGAGGUCGCUUGUCCACCGCAACCCCGUGGCCACGAUGGGAGCGUAGCACAACUUUGCCCUGCCCGUCUGACUCCGUCCUUCAGGCAAAUAAGUUACGUGCGAGCAUGGACAAGAUGCUGUCGAGUCUACCCACGCACACAAGGGGCCGUCCCUGGAGGCAGCAGGGCCCUCGACCAGCCCUCCGGAAGCCGGAAUCACUGCCAAACCCUGCUUGCCAAGGGUUUGCUAGUAGCAGUAGCUCCAAUCUGCUGCAAUAAUGCUCCGGGAUCACAGCGCACAUCCAUGCAUCCCUCAGAAGAGUGCAGUCACAAACAAGCCAGAAAGGGGAUCGAGGCGAAGCACAGAAAGCAACGGAGGGCGGCCCAGCCUGCAACCUCUGCAUCUCGCAAGCGCCAGAUCCCAUCCUGUCGAGGUUACGUGCAGGGGGACUUGCAGUUGCAAGUUGCGCUUGCAGCUCUGGCUGGGUUGCUGUGCAGGUGUGGUUUCCCACAGUUGCAUGCAGGGGUCGGGGGAAAAGGAUCUCAGAUCCCGGGACACGGGGAUCUGGUCGAGGCGGGCAAGGGAGCUUGUGAGGCUGACAAUUGCGCAGCACAAGGAGGAACUUUUCUGGCAGGAUGUGUGCCGGCACCGAUUUCGGCUGUAGGAGCAAGAAAAAGCAGAAGCCUCUGCUCGUACGGCACCAGAGGACCACCUGAUUUGCUUUGGCGAUGGUCAAUCGCGCCAAUGCAAGCAUGGGAAAUCUCUUCGCGGCAACAUCAAGCUUGCAUGUGGGCGUGGGGUGGGUUGAGUAACAUAGAAUGGCACAUUGUUGACCCUCAGAUAUUGGGCUUGCAGGCCACGUUCUGGGUACCUGGUACUGGGUUACAGCGAGACGGGUCGAGGGUAGCCAGCUAGGAUAUCCAUGCUGGUGACAAUUCAGUCGGCUGUGCACAUGGCAAGCCUUGUCUUAUCGA